AUGUUCUCCCUACACUUUCACCCAGUUGAUCUUUCCUCUUCUUUUCUUUUCUUCUAUUCUUUCCUUCUUUUUUAUUUCCGUCUUUCUAUCUCACCAUCCUUCUUCUUAUACUACUUCUUCUUUCUCGUCCUAUUAAUUAGUCUUUCCAUAGCGUCAAACCAUUUUCGACAAAUCCUUAUUCUCUCUUUCUCUCUUUUACUUUCUCUCCCACUCUCUAAAUCACUCUCUCUCUCUCUUUCUUUCUCUUGCUUUCUCAUACUUACCCUUUGCAUAUCCUUCCUUCUCGUCUAUUUUUUUCACCCUCUCUUUGCUUCUCAUAUUUCUCUUCUAUUCUCACCCUCUCUCUAUCUCAAUCUUCCCAUAUACCACUUCCUCUUGACAUUUUCACCUUAUUUAGCGAUCCAUCUUUCUACGCGUACCCCUCACUUUGUUUCAAUAGACUUAUUCUCUCAUUUUCUUUUUUUUUCUUUUUUCUUUUCGUCUCUUUCUCCUGGCCCAUUCUCCUCCCCUUCGUUCAUUCUCUCUCUCUCUCUCUCCCUCUCUCUCUCUCUCUCUCCCCUGCCUUCUAUUCUUAUAAUACUGCAUCUUAUUCUUCCCACUUUCCAUUUUUGUCAAUUCUCACUCUCUCACUCUUUCUUCCUUUCCUCUUCUUUCAACUCCUCUUUUCUUAAUUAA